AUCUCACCCCCAAACCCCGAAUUCGAAGCCGCCGGAUCGAUUUGCGAGGAAGAAGAUGCCGGCGGCGGCGGCGCUGGUGCCCGCCUGCGACCUGGAGGAGCCGAUGCUGGCGGAGUCGUCGGACCGCUUCUCGAUGUUCCCCAUCCGGUACCCGCAGAUCUGGGAGUUCUACAAGAAGGCGGUGGCGUCGUUCUGGACGGCGGAGGAGGUGGACCUCUCCGCCGACGCGCGCCACUGGGACGCCGCGCUGUCCCCCGACGAGAGGCACUUCAUCUCCCACGUGCUCGCCUUCUUCGCGGCCUCCGACGGCAUCGUGCUCGAGAACCUCGCGUCCAGGUUCAUGUCCGACGUGCAGGUCGCCGAGGCGCGCGCCUUCUACGGCUUCCAGAUCGCCAUCGAGAACAUCCACUCGGAGAUGUACUCGCUGCUGCUGGAGACCUACAUCCGCGACGACGUCGAGAAGGACCGCCUCUUCCGCGCCAUCGACACCGUCCCCGCCGUGCGCCGCAAGGCCGACUGGGCCAUGCGCUGGAUCGACGGCGGCGAGCGCUUCGCCGAGCGCCUCGUCGCCUUCGCCUGCGUCGAGGGGAUCUUCUUCUCGGGCUCCUUCUGCGCCAUCUUCUGGCUCAAGAAGCGCGGCCUCAUGCCGGGCCUCACCUUCUCCAACGAGCUCAUCUCCCGCGACGAGGGCCUCCACUGCGACUUCGCCUGCCUCCUAUACGACCUCCUCCGCGGCAAGCUCGACGAGUCCCGCGUCCGCGAGAUCGUCGCCGACGCCGUCGACAUCGAGAGGGAAUUCGUCUGCGACGCGCUCCCCGUCGCGCUCGUCGGCAUGAACGGCGACCUCAUGAGCCAGUACAUCGAGUUCGUCGCCGACCGCCUGCUCAUGGCGCUCGGCUGCAAGAAGAUGUACAAGGUCGCCAACCCGUUCGACUGGAUGGAGCUCAUCUCCCUGCAGGGCAAGACCAACUUCUUCGAGAAGCGCGUCGGCGACUACCAGAAGGCGUCCGUCAUGUCCAGCAUCAACGGCGGCGCCAACCACGUCUUCAGCAUCGACGAGGACUUCUGAUCACACAUGUUAUUUAAAAUGUUCGUAUAAUUCUCUUGCUUUUUUGGGGCCGCGUUCUUGCCCCCUACAGGUUAAUGUAUUUUUCUGCACGCAUGU